AUGGUACAAUCAAAAAGAAGUAAAGCAGUUUCAUUGACAAAGGUCACAAAGAACCCAAAUCAAAAGAAAUCGAAAUUGAUUAGCACAGUCAGAGAGUGUGUAGAAGAGUAUUCAGAUAUCUAUUUGAUCUCCUUUGACAAUGUUCGUAACAAUCAUUUGAAACAAGCUAGAGCCGAUUGGUCCAACAGUAGAUUCCUUUUCGGAAAGAAGAAAGUUUUAUCUAUCGGUUUGGGUCGUGCCGACAGUGACGAACAAAAGCCAGGUCUUUCAAAAUUAUCACAGAAUUUACAAAGCUCAGGAGAAUGUUGUUUAUUUUUCACAAAUGAUCCAAAAGAUACCGUUUUAUCAGAAGUUGAUUUUGCAAGAGCAGGAUUUGAACCAGAGGAAACAAUUACAUUAAAACAAGGACCAAUCGAUAUGACACAUACACAAGAACCAUAUUUACGUAGAUUAGGUAUGCCAACUUCACUGAAGAAUGGUGUUAUCAUUUUGGAGAGAGAUUACGAUCUUUGUGAGAAGGGUACCGUUCUCACCCCAGACCAAGCCAGACUUUUACAAUUGUUUGACCACAAGAUUUCAGAGUUUAAAUUUAUCUUACUCGGAUACUGGAAGGAUGCCGAAUACUAUGCUUUGCAAGAGCCAUCAGCCGAUGUCAAAUCCGAAGACAUGAACGAAGAUGACAGCGAAGAUGAUGAAUAA